AACAAUAUUUUUCCAUAUAUAUAAACCUCCCCAUUCCACCACUCCCUCCAACAUAACCGCGCCCCUCCCUCCCAAUCUGUCUCCCAAUUUCUCAGUCUACAAUGGCUCCAACAGAAAGUUUGCAGAUGGGAGCAGAAUCCAUUUCUCCGGGCGACUGUUUUAUCGCCAAGUCGAAGAUUGAGCCAAUCAGAGACGAAUUUCCGGCCGGUGUUGACGCCGCGGCCCCGGCAGGCGGAGAAGACGGGGUUGAAAUCGGCCAGAUUGCCGAGGAGUCCGCAACUGAUCGCGGAGAAAUCGCAGAUUCCGUUGGUGACCUGGAGGACGGGGAUGAUGGAAAUGAGAAUUCGGUGAGUGAUGAUUGUGGCAGGGUUUGUUCAGACGACGGAUUGGUUCUGAAGAUGAUCAGACCGCAUUCGCAGCUGCCGCGGCCGGAGGCGCCGCCGGGAGUGUCUGCGCCCGUGUCGCCUCUGGAUCUGCGACGCUCUAAGUCGAUGCCAGAAAGCUUCGAUGUGCCGGCGAUCGGGAAAUUCUUCCGGGAGAAGAGCACCAGCUUAUCGGCAGCUAUCACUAAGCGGAUAUCGUCUCUGAUGGAAUCGCCGGAUCUGGAGAAGGCGAAGUCCGAUGAUCGCGUGACGGAGUUCAACCUAUCCGGCCCGAAAGUGAUCGUUGAAUUGAAGCCGGAGGAACAGGGUGCGCCGUUGCUCGGUAGGGUGACCUUUUUCUCGCGAUCCAAUUGCCGAGACUGCACGGCGGUCCGGUCGUUCCUCCGCGAGAGACGGCUCAAUUUCGUUGAAAUCAACGUCGACGUGUUCCCGGAGAGGGAGAAUGAAUUGGUGCGGCGAACAGGCAAUUCAACCGUGCCGCAGAUUUUCCUCAACGAGAAGUUGCUGGGGGGACUCGUGGCUUUGAACUCUCUGCGGAACAGCGGAAUGCUGGAGAAGAAACUGGGAGAAAUGUUGUCCACCAAGUGUCCGGACGACGCGCCGGCGCCGCCGGUGUAUGGGUUCGGGGAAAAGGAGGAGCGGAGGGACGAGAUGGCGGAGAUUAUGAAACUGGUUAGGGCAAAGCUUCCGAUCCAGGACCGGAUAAUGAGGAUGAAGUUAGUGAAAAACUGCUUCGCCGGUGGGGAACUCGUGGAGGUUUUGAUACACCACCUCGACUGCGGCCGCCGUAAGGCAGUUGAAAUUGGGAAACGGUUAACAAGAAGUCAUUUUAUUCAUCAUGUAUUCGGGGAAAAGGAGUUUGAAGAUGGGAACCAGCAGUUCUAUCGGUUCCUAGAACACGAACCCUUCGUUCCCAAAUGCCACAACUUUAGAGGAUCCACAAAUGACAGUGAGCCUCAAGCUUCUGCUGCAUUGGGUCUGAAGCUCUCUAAGAUAAUGUCUGCAGUACUGGAGACAUAUGCCUCUGAAGAUAGGCGCCGUCUUGAUUACACGGGCAUCAGCAACAGCGAAGAAUUCAGAAGGUACUUGAGUUUGGUCCAUGACAUGCAGAGAGUGAAUCUGGAGACACUCUCAGGGAAUGAGUUGCUGGCUUUCUUUCUCAACUUGUACAAUGCCAUGGCCAUUCAUGGGGUGAUAAGGAUUGGGCAUCCGGGGGGCAUGAUUGACCGAAGGGCCUUCUUUGCCGAGUUCCAGUACUUGGUUGGGGGGUACCCAUACUCCCUCUCUGCAAUAAAAGAUGGCAUUCUUAGAGGCAACAAAAGAGCCCCUUUUGCUUUGACUAAACCUUUCUCUAAUGGGGAUAAACGUUUACAGAUGGCAUUCCCAAAAGUGAAUCCGUUGAUCCAUUUCGGGCUCUGCAAUGCCACAAGAUCAAGCCCAGCUGCAAAGUUCUUCACCCCUCAGAGUGUGGAAUCCGAACUGAGAAGCGCGACAAGGGAGUUUUUCCAGAGGGACGACGCGAUGCAGGUUGACCUGAGCAAGAGGAUUGUCUACCUUAACCGGACAAUCAAGUGGUACAGCGCGGAUUUCGUGCAGCAAAAGCAAAUCUUGAAAUGGAUGCAAAGUUACUUGGACUCGACAAAGGCGGGUCUCCUCACACACCUCCUCAGCGACAAUGGCCCGAUCAACAUUGUUCACCACAAUUUUGAUUGGUCUCUCAACGCCUAACCGACUUCUUGCGCAGGGCCUCGGAGGGUGGCCAUAUUACAGUACAUCUUUCACUUCUCCUGUGCUCUUUUCUUAAGUGUUUUAGUAACUAUACUUUAUUAGUUGUCUAAGCAUUGGUAAAAAGUGUAAUCAAAGCUCAUAUACGAACCAUGCAUAUUGAAUUGUAAGAUGAAAAGUUCUGUAUAAAAUAAAUUUCCUCUGGGUUAGAUGUAUUUCUGGGCUUUCAAAGAAACACAAGUGUAAAAU